UUCAAGAGUCUGCUGAGUUGACCACGGAGAUCUGAGCGUCUGCUGAGCUAACUGCGGUCCUUCACAGUGGUGCUCGCAGGCAGACACAGCUGACUUUCAACCCUGAGCCGGCCGCUGUCCUUGCAGUACGGGGAUAAAAGGAAAACAGGGAACCCUUGCAAUGAUCUCGCUGGACUUCAAUUUCAACAUUUUGACAAGGGACCUGUCACAUUAUCUGGAAAACCAAGUGAAAGUCGGGCUGUUUGGAUCGGGAGUGGGACUGUCUCUGGUGCUGGGCUUUAGCGCAGCGUACACCUGCUACUAUUUGCUCUCAGUAGCGAAGAAGCCACAGCUCAUCUCUGGGGGUAAGAAGUUCUACCACUUUCUGAAGGAGCAAUGUCCCGUAGUGUCAGAGACCUACUACCCCACCUUCUGGUGCUGGGAGAGCCGCAUCCAGACUCUGCUGAGACCCUUCGUCACUGCCAAACCGGGGGUCGUCUACAGAAAUGAGCUCAUUAAGGCGGCGGACGGAGGACAGAUCUCUCUGGAUUGGUUCGACAACGACGACAGCCUCUCUCAUCCCGACCCUGCCGCCAGGCCCACGAUCCUCCUCCUCCCCGGUCUGACCGGCACCAGCCGAGAGUCCUACAUCCUGCACAUGGUCCAACAGAGCCGGGAUCUGGGCUAUAGAUGCGUGGUAUUCAACAACAGAGGGGUUUCUGGUGAAACACUGCUGACCCCGAGGACCUACUGUGCGGCCAACACAGAGGAUCUGGAGACUGUUAUUGAGCACAUCCAGAGGACGAAUGAAGCGGCUCCAAUCAUGGCUGCUGGAGUAUCAAUGGGCGGGAUGAUGCUGGCCAACUACUUGGGGCGCAAGGGCCGAAAGACCUGUCUGAAAGGGGUCAUAGUCUUCUCAGCAGGCUGGGAUGUAUUUGAGUGCACCGCUUCACUGGAAAAACCCCUGGACCGCUUCCUCUUCAACUCCUACCUCACCAGCUGCCUACAAGCCUCUGUGCACAGACACAGACCAGUGCUUGAAAAGUGUUACGACAUCGAUCACGUCAUGAAGGCGAAGACCAUUCGAGAGUUUGAUGAGAGGUUCACCUCCAUAAUGUUUGGUUAUCCUACCAAUGAUGACUACUACCAUGAUGCCAGUCCUGUCCACAAGCUGAAAUCUGUGCAGGUGCCAAUGCUGUGUCUGAAUGCUGCUGAUGAUGUCUUUUCCCCGUCUCAUGCCAUUCCAGUGGAGGCAGUGAAGCAGAAUCCCAACCUGGCCAUGCUCAUCACCUGUCACGGCGGCCAUAUUGGUUUUCUGGAGGGCAUGUGGCCUCGACAGAGCACUUACAUGGACCGAGUCUUCAAGCAGUUUACUAAGGCGGUCAUCGAGCAAGGCAGCGGACUGCAAGACCUCUCCUGAUAAGAGAACUUAACAAAGUGUUCCGCUAGUUUUACUUCCUCUCACGUAUGCCUUUCUUCCUUCCUUCCUUUUCUUUCAUUUUUUCCAUCCAUCUCUCCUUGCUGCCUUCCAUCCUUUAUUUCAUCCAUUUCUAAUUCAAUUCUUCCUUGUUUGUCUUUCUUCCUUCCUUCCUUCAUCCAUUCCUUUGACACGUUUCCCCUUUUCCAAACUUGCCUUUCAUUCCUUCUUUCUGCAUUCCAUCCAUCCUUUAUUUCUUCCCUCUCCACCUAACCCUGUUCUACCUCUUUCCUUCCUUCCAUUGAAUUUCUUUUAUCUUUGCCCUCCAUCCUUCUGUCCCAUUCUUCCUCCAGCCACAAGCAAAAAAACAGCAACAACGUCUCUCUCAUUUGAAGGGCACAUCUUAUAGAGUGCAGCAUUUGUAUUGCAUUCAACAUUAAUUUAUUAAUUCCAUAUGGUUAACAAGUAUUUAUAUGUAUUCACGCUGGUAUGCUUAUUAAAAAAGCAAGCAUAGCUGUUCAUGUCGCUGUUGAAAAGAUGAACCUGUGCCCAUCAGGCGCAUUAGCUAGCUAACAAACUCUGCGAUUACCUUGUGCAAUAAUUUUCUCUUGAAGCUAACACACAUGAAAAUCCAAUCAUCUUCGUCCAUGAGCCUUCAGUACAUCCAUCAGUAGGAUUUUAGCCCUCAGGGAUUUUCUUUAUUCGCUCAUGCGUCCUGUGUAGAUUUAUUUUGUCAAUCAUAUUCCUUUAGUUUUUAUAUUCGUGGUUUUAAAGGUAGAUGCUAUUUACACAUUUUAUCCUUGAAAGUAGUUCGAUGUUUUGGGGAAAUAUGCUUAUUUGCUUUCUUCAGGAGAGUUAGAUGAGAAGAGUGAAACCACUCUCAUGUCUAAGCUAGCAGCCAAUUAGAUUAGCGUAGCAUAAAUACUGGAAAAAGGGGGAGUCAGCUGUCUUAACUCUGUCCAAAGGUAACAACAUUGUUUGACCAUUAGACAGAGCCAAGCUAGCUGUUUCCCACUGCUUGCAGUCUUAAUGCUAAGCUAAAAUAACCAGCUGCCUUAUAUUUAAUAUACUGUACAGACAUGAGAGUGGUAUCUAUAUUCCCAUCACUUUGCAAGAAAGCGAAUGAGCGUGUUUCACAAAAUGUUGAUUUUUUUCCCUUCCUUUAACCUCCUGUGUGCACGUUUCUUUUCUCACAUUCUACCUUUAUGCACACCAAAUAGUUCUACAAAUGUGUAUUAUGGAGAAUAAUUCAUGAAUGACAAGGAAUGUGAAAUUGCACUAUUUUAGUUGAUUUUGCCAUGCCUCUGACUCCUUAAUGCAAGGCACUUCAUUUCGUACGAUAUAUGAAAGUAUAUCCCAAAGGCCGAACACAGCAGUAUAUGAAUUCCAUGACGUUUUCUUUGUAAGAAUCUUCUGUAAAUAAGUCUGAGGGUGCGAGAUACAGUGAUGUAAAUGAAGUAAUGCACAUAUGAGUGUACAUAUUUGAAGUGGCAGAUGUACCUUUAUAAGAUGCACAGUAUCGUUAAUGGAACCGGGUUGUCAGUCGUUUCGCCAACAAUGAUCAAGGGGCUGGCUACCGUUUAUGAGUUGGCUUCGAUAAAAACGAUGUGAUUUGACUGGCGGCCAGACUUUCAGUAACGCGCUGCAUGAGGGAUUCUGACUUCCUGUUCCUGUGGAAUUUUGGUGUCCGUUUGUUCUGCCACGUCGUCCAUCGAGUAGCAUGUGUCUCAUCGGCGUACACAUCGUGUCCCGAACCUUAACAUCACUUCUGUAGCACAAAGGACAUGUUUGUUUGUUUCCAUUGGAUGCUGCAUUUCAUUUUGCACACUACAUGAAAAGAAGAAGCAGAGAAAAAAACAUUCUGUCUUUAACAUCUGCAGCAAUAAGAUUUUAAAUUUACAAAAAAAAUUGUCUCUAUAGUACAGUUAUCAGUAUGCACAUUAUCACUAUGAGUGUAAUAUGCUGUAUUUAAUAAAUUAUUAAACAGAGUCGAGGUCCAUUUGUCUGCUGUCUCAAGUGAUUCUGCUCGUAAUGCAUUUUCUCCACAGACUGUAUUGCAUUGCUCGACUGGCUGUGUACUGCGGGUUAGAAUAAUUGACUGCAGGUGCCUUUUGUCAGCAGUUCUCUUUCUUUCAUUUUCUUUCUCUCCCCUUACUUUACUUUUAUCCAGUCUUUCUUUCUGCCUAUAACAAUUGUUUUUUUUUUUACCUGUGGCUAAAUACUGACAACAUGAAAACUUGAGGUGUUCACCCCUCGUGACAGACUCGUCCCCUGAAGUCGAGGCAUUUGACGGUCUACUACUUGUGCUGGCUUACUGCAUGGCCUGCGUGUCACUGCAGGGUCGCCCUCCCUCUCCUUCUCACAUCACAGUCCAGGGUUUUGCUCCAUGGAAUCGACUCACUCCACACUCAUGGGCUUAGCUGCUGAUAGGAUAUACAUAGCUGCGGUAGUGGAUGUGAUCCACCAAAGGCAAACUGCAAUCCCACGGCACUCCACUUUCUUUCACCCCCCACCCAAUAAGCCCAGACAGAUGAGCUUUGGUUUUAUCUAGAUGCUUUAUGGAAGCCUGAGAGUAAUUAGAGUAGACUGCCAAAAGGGAUGAGUGAUUCACUGUUGGUUACCAUCUACGAAAAUUGAUAUUAUGUGGCAGGAAUCCCUCUAUUAUAAAUGUUAUGUAUGCUCAUGUGAAAAUGUACUCUGGAUAAGUAUAUAGUCCGAGAUCAAUAAAUGCUCUUAAUGUCAAGAUGGAAUAAAAGGAUGUUUCACGCUGACUUUUUAUCACAUCAGUGUCAGAAAGUAGUUCAAUAAUAAUUACUGCAUUGCCUGAGGACU